GCUCGUUCGUGUGUACCGCCGCGUUAGAAACGCUGGCGGUUCUUUUUCAAAAUUGUUUCGUUAACUUUUUGAAGAUGACAACGAUGCAUUUCGAAUACGACCCUGAGAGAUUAAUAAAAGAAAUAAAAAAGCGUCCAGGAUUAUGGGAUUCUGAUGACGUCGCGUAUCGUAGUAAAGCAAUGCGGCAAAAACUAUGGACGGACGUUGUAAAGGAACUCAUCGAGCCAAACGUCAAGUUCACGAAGUGUGAAUUGAGAGAACUUGAAAUACAACUACAGAAAAAAUGGAAGAGCAUCAGAGAUUGCUUUCAAAAAUACGUUGUAAAUCCGAAUAGACACAAAAGACCUUAUAUAUACAGUAAAAAACUCAGUUUCCUUCUCAAGGAGGAGCAGCCCGGGCAAGCCGGUGGUUCAACUGAAUCCGAGGACGGGGAAAAGACUUGUAGCGUUUGGCGAACAAGAAGGAAAUUGAAAAUUAAGAAAGAAAGUUCAGAUGAUAAUGACGACAGCGAAACAUACGGAUUCAACGAUGAUACUAAAUCGAAUGGCUCUAAUGAUGCUGGCGACGAAGAAAAUGAAACACAACCACUGUCUAAAAAGAAUAAAACUAAUAGUCUCGUUGGCGAAAUUGCUUUCGCUAAUGUUGAUGCACAAAAUUUUAACGAAGCUGAGGAUAGUGAUAAACUGUUUCUUCUGUCCCUUCUCCCUCAUCUCAAAUCAAUACCGGAAGAGUUCAAAUUAAAUGUUAAAAUGGACAUGAUGAAUGUGCUGAGAAAUGCAAAUUUUAACACGAAUCUUAACCAUAAAUUAAUUUAA